CCUAAACCCUCUCAGUCCAGCCGUCGCUCUUCUCCCUUCUCCUUCUCAUCCCUUCUCACAGAACCAUGGCAGAGAGACCAGCAGGGGGGGGGGGGGGGGUGCGGCGGGGGGGGGGGGGGGGGGGGGGGGGGCCGGGGGCGGGGGGGGGGGCGGACGCCGCCCCGGGCGCCGCGAGGAGGAAGAGAAGUGGGUCCCAGUGACCAAGCUCGGCCGCCUCGUGAAGGAAGGCAAGAUCAAGAGCCUGGAGCAAAUCUACCUCCACUCUCUACCCAUCAAGGAGCACCAGAUCAUCGAUGCUCUUGUCGCCUCCGGUAGCCUCAAGGAUGAGGUGAUGAAGAUUAUGCCGGUCCAGAAGCAGACUCGGGCCGGUCAGCGAACCCGAUUUAAAGCCUUCGUUGUCGUCGGCGAUAGCAAUGGGCACGUCGGGCUCGGAGUCAAGUGCAGCAAGGAGGUGGCCACUGCGAUACGUGGCGCGAUCAUAUUGGCUAAGCUGUCUGUGAUUCCGGUGAGGAGAGGGUACUGGGGUAACAAGAUUGGGAAGCCCCAUACGGUUCCUUGUAAGGUGACCGGCAAGUGUGGCUCUGUUACAGUCAGGAUGGUGCCCGCUCCCCGUGGUGCUGGAAUUGUGGCUGCCCGUGUGCCCAAGAAGGUCUUGCAGUUUGCUGGUAUUGAUGAUGUUUUCACCUCCUCCCGUGGCUCCACCAAGACUCUUGGCAACUUUGUCAAGGCUACUUUCGAUUGCCUCCUGAAGACUUACGGUUUUCUGACCCCUGAAUUCUGGAAAGAGACACGCUUCAGCAAAUCUCCAUUCCAAGAGUUCACAGACCUGUUGGGAAGGCCAACCAAGCCCCUUCUGAUUGAAGACGUGGAGAAAGUAGAAGCCUAGCCUGACUGAGAGAAGCUAGUGUUUAUUAAAGAUGAAAUCUUAGUUUCUGCAUUUGAUUUCUAGCGUUGAAGACAUAAUACGUUGCCAUUUUGGUUUAUCAACGUUUUUGUAAUUUCUUUCAUCGUAUUUUUGUUUGUUUAAACUAUAUGCUUUAUUGGUAAAAUAUGUUACUUUGCUGGAAUAUUUUUGUGUUCA